AUGAUGUAUUUGUUGAAUGAUGAAGAACGUAGAGCAUUACUUGGAGGAAAUCGAGAAGGAGCUCUUACUGCGGAAGGGCCGUCAAGUCCAGUGACGACUCAACCAAGAGCAUUCAAACAACGAGAACUCGAAGCUUUGAAAAAGAUUGUCAAGAGAACUGCAGAAAACUUGCUAAAACCUGAAGAACUCAGUUUCCCAUCUCAUGGUCCUGUCUCGCCAUUGACAAACGUCAAAUUGACUGAGAUAUUGUCACGGCCUGGUCCAACACACGAAGAUUCUGCUCUCAUGUCAAGUGCUGUAGCUCAAAUGUCAGAGUCUAUCAAGGCAUUCAAGAUUGAUACACCAAAGGAUCUGAUAUUGCCUCUGACACUACCUCAGUAA